AUGCAGGAAGCUGUAGCCGACCAUGACAGAAAGCUCAAGGAACUAUUCGACCUCUGCAGAGCUAAACAUAUCAAGCUUAACCCAAACAAGAUUGAGUUGAAGAAGACCUCAAUGCCAUACAUUGGCCACAUUCUUACCUUUGAUGGUGUCCAAGCGGAUCCUGCUAAAGUACAAGCCAUACUAGAAAUGAAGCAACCCACAGAUGUGGCUGGAGUCAGGAGAAUCCUCGGAACAGUUAAUUAUCUUGCCAAGUUCCUUCCCCACCUCUCACAAGUAUCUGAACCACUACGACAACUCACAAAAAAGAAUCAGCCUUUUGAUUGGGACAAAUCGCAUGAAACCGCUUUCACCCAAAUAAAGAAAUUGAUCACAGAACCGCCAGUCCUCAAGUACUAUGAGUCAACCAAACCCCUGAUAAUACAGUGUGACGCUAGCGACCAUGGCCUGGGGGCCGCACUCAUUCAAGAGGGAAAGCCUGUCGCAUUUGCCAGCCGAGCAUUGACGCAUGCGGAGAAACAAUACGCUCAGAUAGAAAAGGAACUGUUAGCUAUAGUUUAUGGAACCGAGCGUUUUCACCAGUAUACAUGUGGCCGACCAGUCACAGUAGAAUCAGACCACAAGCCGCUCGAAGUCAUUCAUCAGAAACCUCUGUCAGCAGCACCUAGACGUCUUCAAAAGAUGAUGAUGAGAUUACACGAAUAUGACUUAACCAUCGUUUAUAAGAAAGGGUCAGAGAUGCUGCUAGCUGACACACUCAGUCGUCACCAUUUAGACAACUCCACCGACGAAGCACGCAGCGUCAACAGCGAUCUCGACCAAGUGGACAGUUUGGAAGAAAUCAACGAAAUACUAAAUUGUGAAACAACAACCAUAUUCCAAGACCACACAACAAAAGAUCAAGACCUACAGCAAGUCAAAUCAUUCAUCCAGUCAGGAUGGCCCGAGAGCUCCAAAGAUCUAUCUCCAGCAAUCACCCCAAUCACCCCGUACUUCCAUCUACGAGACGAACUAACAACACACGAGGGCCUCGUGUUUAGGGGAGACCGCGUCGUUAUCCCAAAAUCACUACGAAAGCAAGUACUGAAUGAAUUGCAUGCAGCACACCAAGGGAUCGCAUCGACAAGUCGGCUAGCCAGAGCAACCGUCUACUGGCCACACCUGAACCAAGAAUUGAAAGACCACAUCUCACAUUGCAUCACCUGUGACACAUUCAAUUCCAAGCAGCCGAAAGAACCUCUCAUCCCGCAUGAAAUACCAAAGAGAGCAUGGGCAAAAUUCGGUUGUGAUAUCUUUGAAUUUGAAAAGAAAUCGUAUUUAGUAACAGUGGACUACUACUCGAACUUCUUCGAAGUUGACCGCCUUGAAAAAUUGACAUCACUGGCAGUCAUAAAGAAACUAAAGCCCCAUUUCGCCAGGUUCGGUAUUCCAAAUACUCUCGUGACAAACAACGGCCCACAAUUCAUCAGUGAUGACUUUCGAGACUUCUCUAUGAAGUACCAAUUUGAGCAUAUAACGACCAGUCCCUAUCACCACCAAUCCAACGGCAAAGCCGAAUCUGCCGUCAAGCAAGCCAAACGAAUAAUUCGAACAUGCAAAUCAUCAAACGAUGACAUUUACCUUGCCCUCCUUGCCCACCGAAACACCCCCCAAACAACUCAUGAAACAAGUUUAACCGCCGUACAAAGACUCUCUUGCCCGUCUCGGAGAAGUUGCUCCAACCGAAGAUAA